GGGCACCCUCAAUUAUCGAGACUCCCGACUCCCGACUCGCUCCAACAGCUUGCUCUCUCAUCUAGGAUCUGCACUAGUACUCGCGAUGUUCCAGCUCGUGGCUCUCUUAGCUUGUCUCGCCGCAGCAGCUGCGGCAGCGACUAGCUACACCUGCUCGAACGGUGCCCCAGCGACGCACCUCUCGACAUUCGUCGUGCCCGGCAGCGAAACGCCGGGGCACAUCUGGUCCUGCCCUGGGGCUGCUGCGCCGCUCAAGGCGCUGAUAAAGUUGGAGGCGAGAGAGGCGGGGGCGAAUGAGACGCAGGCGGUGGAUAUCACGAGGGCGCCGUGUACGACGUACUGCGACACUCCCGCUGGCGGCGGGCCUGAUCCGAACGAUUGCAGCACGCUGGCGAACGCCGAUGCUGUUGGCGGCAACUUCACCAUCCCGGCGAGCAGCUACCUGGCGUGGACGUGGAAGUCGUGCCAGGUUACGCAGAGCAACUUGUUGAACCCGGCUCGGGAGCUUAAUUAUACGUAUGACGGCAGGGACUGGGCGGGCGUGGUGAAUUACGUCGCGUGGAAUUGCCAGUCGCAGGAGAACGCGCAUGGUGGGAGCUGUCGGUUCUAUGAUAAUACCAAUGUUUCUAUCAUACAGGUCCAGACGACACCUGCGAAUGAGACCAAUGGGCCAUGAGAGUACUUGCUGUCCAGGCGUUGAUGGUGAUAAAUAUCGAGUUUGUCGUCGUAUUACAAUGUGACAUAUGUAUUCAAGGAAUGUACCUGGCUGCCCGCUGUACUUAUUAUACCCGUAUCCAAGUGCGAGAGCAUGUGUUCUCGCGACCGAUCGCUUUUGGAUUGUUUGUGGGGGGUUCUUCAAAG